UCUUGCGCCAGCCUUCUGGUCGAGAUGCUCGAAGGGUGACGUUGGCGUUGCACGGGGGGAGUCUCCAGGCCCGCGACGCGCCAGAGCGCGUUCAAUGGAUGGAUCCAUGUUCACAAAGGCGAGCAGGGCGCCCGCGGCGGCUGGUCCACCCCGUACGGCAGCCAGCACUUUUAUUAGCGGCAUCCAGCGUGCCCCACUGCCCUGCUCGCACAAGGUAGCUGGCGGUGCAGUCACAUCCAUCCAUCUCAGCAACCUCCGAUUCACAGCCUCGCGCAAAUCCAAUUCUUUUCAUUCUCUCGCUCCUCCCGCACCUCAGCCUCGUUACGCCCGCCACGCCCGCCAGCAACAGUCAUCGCCACACACCCGGAGCAUCAUAUCAUAUCCCACGACCACGUACCGCAUCCAACGCCAAUUGGCCCAUCUCGAGCACCAUGCCGCCGAAGAAGCGGGCGCGCGGCCAGCCUGCCGCGACGCCAUCGGCAGCCCGCGACGAUGAUGCCAUGGACAUCGACACGCCCGAAGCCGGCGGCGACACGGCCGCGGCCAGCAGCGCUCUUCCCAACCUCAACGACCUCUGGACGGACGACCAAGUGGCGUCACUUUUCAAGGGCGUCAUCCGCUGGAAGCCAGCUGGCAUGCACAAGCACUUCCGCAUGAUCGCCAUAUCAGAACACCUCCGCAACCACGGCUUCGACGCCGACAUGUACCCGCACACGCGCAUCCCCCACAUCUGGCGCAAGCUGCGCACCUUUUACAACCUCGACAUCAUCGACGAGCGCGAGUCCUUUGACGACGACGACUCCUCCGACGAUAGGUACCUCGAGUUCGCCCUCCCGCGCGAGACCUUCCUCGAGACCAUGCUGCAGCGCGCCGUCGCGGACCCCAGCGAGGCGCCCACCUCGCCGCCGGAGCUUGACCUCUCCCCCCCACCCGAGGGCGGUCCGGCCGCCUCUGCCCCGGCGACGCGGAAGCGCAAGCGCGCCAGCACCAACGCCGCCGCCACGGCCAGCGCGACCAAGGCGCGGGGCCCGUCGGUAGAGGACACGGAGGACGGGACGGAUGCGCCGUCGCCGGCGGCGAGGGCGACGAGGGGCUCGCGCGGCCGGACGAGGGCCGCCAGCCAGCAGGUCAAGGCGGCCGACAAGGAUAAGGACAAGGAGAAGGAAAAGGAAAAGGAAAAAGAGAAAGAGAAAGACAAGGCAGAGACAACGGAAGACGAGGAGGAUGCCGAGGAUGGCGACGAGAGCGAGUCCGAAGAGGACGAGGAGAGUAGCGACGAGGAAGAAGAGGAGCGGGAGGAGAGCGGCACCCCGGCGUCCAGGGUCACCAGAGGUGCCACGCGUGGUCGCGGACGAGGUAGAGGCAGGGGAAGGGGGAGAGGCAGAGGGCGGUGAUGGAGGAUUGCAGACCCGUCGCGGCGGUCACCGCCGAGUUAGAUACCCAGCGAGGCGUUGGAUGCAAAAAAUUAUCAACAGACUUGCUAUUAUCCUAGUGAGCCAAAUUCAUCUACCAAGGACCCUGUUAUAGCCC